AUGUCUUCCACAGCUUUCGUCCCGUUCUCCGAACCGCCCUACAUCGUCGGCCUACCAUCUCCAUACUACAAGGAGACGCAUCUGAGAUGGCAGAAAGCGUGUCGCAAAUUCGUGGACGAGCAUCUCCUGGAGAAUUCUCUGGCAUGGGAUACGGAGGAGACUGUGCCUGAGCAUGUCUUUGAGACGUUCGCGAAAGCAGGCAUGCUGCUACCGACACUACCUGCCCCGUUGCCAGUGGAAUGGCUGAAGAAGCUCGGAAUUCAUGACAUCCUGGGUGUCGUCAAGGUCGAGGAAUGGGAUUAUAUUCAUACCAUGAUCUACGCCGAUGAGAUGGCGCGAACCGGCCUUGCAGGACCGGCUGGGUCUCUUACCACAGGAAUGUCCUUCGGUGUACCGCCCAUUAUCAAAUACGGCAGCAGGCAGCUCCAAGAGCGCUACCUCCCCGAACUCCUUACCGGCAAGAAGCGAACUUGCAUUGCCAUUACCGAACCCGAAGCCGGAUCAGACGUCGCAAACAUCACAACGACCGCUACAAAGACACCCGACGGAAAGCACUACAUCGUCAACGGAACCAAGAAGUGGAUCACAAACGGAAUUUGGUCAAGUUACUCUUCGAUGGCUGUUAGGACCGGUGGCCCUGGACCCACAGGUCUGUCCAUGUUGGUCGUGCCUUUGUUAGGAAACCCAGGAGUAAACAUGCGCAGACUGAAGGUUGGCGGUCAAGUCAGUGCAGGAACGACCUUCAUAGAACUUGACGAUGUCAAAGUGCCGGUUGAGAAUCUCAUUGGAGAAGAGGGUAUGGGCAUGAAGUACAUCAUGACCAACUUCAACCACGAACGGCUCAGCAUUGCGAUCGGCGCAACCCGUCAAGCGCGUGUCGCCCUCUCCGCCGCAAUGGAAUACGUCCUCAAGCGCGAGGCUUUCGGCAAACCACUCGUCGAACAACCCGUCGUACGCCACCGUCUGGCAAAAGCCGGUGCGCUGCUAGAGUCACAAUGGGCUUGGGUCGAGCAAUUCGUAUACCAAAUGGUACACCUACCAAAGGCGUCAGCAGACAUCGAAUUGGGUGGCCUGACCGCCAUGGUCAAGGCACAAAGCGGCAUCGUGCUGAACGAAUGCGCUCAAACGGCGCAAUUGCUAUUUGGCGGAAAUGGAUACACGAAGAGUGGACAGGGAGAGUUGAUUGAGAGGAUAUACCGCGAGGUUCCAGGUAUAAGGAUACCAGGUGGUGCGGAAGACGUCAUGCUGGACUUGGGUGUGAGACAGCUCGUCAAAAAUUUCAAGAGUAAGACUAAGGCGAUGGAGAGGCCGAAGGGAUCAUCGAAGCUUUAG